CCAAAGCUGAAGGAAGUUUGAAAUCCUCACGUUUCAUAUAAAUCUGAUUGCAUAAAGUAAGUUUUUCCUUUACUCUGUGUGUCAACGAGUUGAAUCAUCCAGUAAAUGCGGUAAGUUUGUCUGUUAGGCUUAGCUGUCGGCUUGUUAUGAUAAGUCUUAGACAAGAAUGAAAUGCUUUUUUACGCUAUCACAAAAAUUGGCAAAUAAGCUACUACACCGAUUCCAUAUCUUAAAUGUAGUAAACUUCUUGAGUACUAUGACAUGAUGUAAGCUCUGCCAGUUCCCAUUGAGCAUAUAAAAACAAUGUGUCGACGUCAGUGUGUGAUACAUCACUCGUUUUUGAGGUACAAAUACGUCCUUACCUUAGCUAGUGGUGUGACCCAUCAGGAUAUUAUCGAUUGGCGAAGGACUCAGGAAGCCAGAGGCACAGUUUCGUGGAUCCCAUACAACUCGUUUAAAUGUUGAUGUUUUUGCUUCCUUGAUUCUAUCACUGGUGUUUCUUGGACGUUGAUUUUUGACUGCUCGUCCGUCAAUGGCCCUAGGCAAAUGACACGAGCAAUGAUUGACAGACGGUGAAUAAAUGAAGCGAUAACAAUAAGACUUGAAGUGGCCGGCAGAAAACAAGGGAAUUCCAAAGGGCACGAACACCUAUCUUGCGGAUAUCUAUUAGCUUUGGACGUGUGUCAGUCAUUUGAAGGGAUUACGCGUUACCUGAACUUGUCAGAUUCACGAAAGAGGUUUUAUUUCUUUCAAACUUUGGCUUCUCGCUCGGUUCUGUAAACUUCGGAUAGCGUAUUUCGUGGUGUUGUUGCGUUAUUUAACAAUCGGUCGGCAUUACAUUCCGUCCUUGACUAAGUUUAGAUUGCGAAUAUUACAUUUGCCUAUAGGUGACUAGGAUGGGGUCUAUGUUUGGCCACAAAAUAGACUAUAAUAGGGUAGAGGUUGUGAGAGGCUUAGUGGCACAAACGCAACAAAAAAAUGACCCAAGCGUUCCACCUCCCCGCCUCCCCGGGUUACGGAUCUCCUAUUUUAUGGCCCGCACGCGAGCGGGCUCAAAAGAUGGAGCUCGGUUAGUAAGCGGUGUGUAUUAGAAGGAGUCGGACCUUCAUAUAUGCUUUGAAGUUAUUACUUUACGCAAGAUUGUCUCAUAACGACAGACCUUCUUAAUCAAUCUCGGCCUGUAUUUUGAUAAUUCAUAGCUAACCACGGUGAGUACAUUUUCAUUUCUUUUCUUUCAGAAUACAUUGAGGAUGGCAUUUACUACAUCCUUGUCUAUAAUUGGCAUCAUUCUCCUCAUAGGAUGCUUUACACACAACGUUAUUACCGGUAAGUGGAGACUGUUUUUUUUCAUAAGAACCUUUUGACAAACAAAAAAAAAAAAAAAAAAAAAAAAAAAAAAGGAAAAGGAAACCAACAAUUAAUUUAUAACGGGGGGGGGGGGGUUGGUGGGGCAGCAAAGAUGGUUUCAUGGUCUGAUGACUCAUGUCAUAUUGUCGACUGGUUUCGAAUGUCCGUACACAAAGCAAUAAUUUUCAUGUCUUAACGCAAAUAUAACUCGUAUCAGGAAAAGAAUAACGUUUCUGGCUGAGUGAAAAUAUUUGUUAAACGCCAUGCCACUCUUGUCAUGUGUCGGACAUGAUUUUAUUACUUGAUAGGUUCUUUCGAGCGACACUUAAGCGACAACUGCUUAAGAAGACGACCUAGGUCAAGAGAAGAAAAUAAUAAGGCUAAUUUGAAUUUCUUUGCCGGCCUCUGCGCUUGAAAAUUUCGCCCGCAAAUCAACAACCGCGUGUAAAGUCAUAUGCUGCACUGAGGAAAAACCUGCCGAAUCAAACUGAUUCAAACGUCACUAUUCUGUCGCGCAUGAAAGACUCCUCGCCCACCCCUCUCCCCCCGCUCAACUCUUCUCUUGACUUGUAAAGUCUCGUUAAAUUCAUUAAAUUGUUUCUUUCAAGGAGGAGACGCAGGAACUGCCGAGAAGAGAAGUAAGAACUGCACUAAUCCUCCAGGUGAAGUAUGUUUCAUGUCAUUUUUGAUUCGAGAACCAAUCUCAUAAUAUACCCUUUUCUCGUUCAACAAUUUAAAAAAAUUAGAUCCUGGCAGCUCGCAGGAUGUAUUUUGUACAUGGUUUAGCUAACCUAUGAGUUCUCUCAUGACUCUCAGCGUAACUCCACUAAUAGAUCAUUCAACCUUGCAAUAUGUGAAUUUGUUCAUAUUAGCGUCCAGAUAAACGUUGGUUUGCCCAACCCGGUUCCAGGUUCCUACGAGGGCAAGAUGUUCAUGCGUAAUCAAUCUUCGUCGAUGUAAAGCGAGAUGCGAAGUCACCAAAAAAUUCGAAAUUUUUACUCGACCUCCCGUAGAUAAGUUCGGGUCUAACAAUGCAAGCCGUUCUUUUCCCGUUUGGUGACCAAAUCUGCUUCAUAGUCCCAUGGGUUCCUAAAGGAGAUGCGGGGAAACUGAAGAUGAGAAUAGCGAGCCUCCCCUACUAAGUUUACCUUUGAUGUCGCUAGCAUCAUAUUACUGCCUUCUGCUCAAAUACCUUAGGGGUGGUACAAAGGUCGAAAAUGUUGCUUGUUUACAUAGAAAUGUGCGUAAGAAUACUCAAUUAGAAAGAAAAGGGCUUCAAAGUCAAAGUUCAAAAAUUGACGAUUGCAACAGAUUGAUAUGGAAAUAUUUUGACAGAGCUUACGCUAAAACCAUCAAGGUGAUUUUCCUUCUUUUUGCCCCAUUCUUGCGCAAAAUACACUUUAGCAGACCUCGCAAACGAAGAGUAAACGAACAGAAUACUCAACUAAAAACAACGGGCUUUAAAGUCUUAAAAUCAACGAUUACAACAGUCCCAACGCUAGAUAUUGAAAUAUUUUGUCGCGCCGCGUGAGCGAAUUUAAAUCUUAUCUUUAAGUUGAUUUUUGCGUACCUAUUUGGCUGCCACAUGGCUAUACGUUACACACAUUUGGCAACUGGUUUGAUUCGACCUUUUAAAGCGAUUUUAUUCUUUCCUCAAGCUGAUUUCGCAUGUCUGAUUUUGCUAUAUUUUAGACAUAUUUGGCAGCUUAUUUACCAUGUUUUGGGGAUUUACAGAUUCCAUUUGAUUUGACCUUUCUUUUUGUCAUUCAAUCAGGUAAUAGGUUAUUUCGCUCCUAGGGCGUAAAUUUUUGUUUUUUCAUUGCUCUUGAGGCUUCGAAACUUGCUCGAGCGCUCUCCAACAAGACUGCCAGCUACGCACACACUAGAUAUCACGACCUCGCAAGUAAAAUUGCCUACUUUUUACACAACAAAUCUCCGAGUAAGCACGAGUGAGAGCUUCAAUAGUGUCUACCUUCAUAGAUAACGCACUGUCGCACGAAGAACUUGCCCCUGAGAGACCUGAUACUGGAUUGGCCAGUAUUAGCAAAGUUUCGUGUUUGAAUUAAGUUUUGAAUCCAAAUGGGAGACUUAAAUUCGUAUUUCACCUUAAUUAGUGAAAAAUUCCUACUGAUCCCUUAUUCGAAGGGGCAGCUUAGGAAUUUAUUAAUCUACUUCUUUCAUCCCCAUCAGGUAUAGCCAAUGGGAAGGUUAGAAUAAUAAGAAAGACACAUGCAAUAUACAGUUGUAAUCCUGGCUAUAAGACCAUUGGGAUUCUCUUGAUCAGAUGUAUUAAUAGCAAGUGGACUGGAAAUCCUCCCACAUGUCAGCGAGGUGAGACAUGAGAAAUGUGUUUCAUGCUUUGAAUUGAAACGUAAAGGCGAUUUAUCCCGCUAAACUCGGACAUACUCUUACGUCUAUUUUCCUUAAAAACUAGUGUGAUAGUGAGGGAAUAAAAUCCACUUUCAUAAUUUCCCCAAACCUACCAAUCUAAUGGUGCAAUAAGCUUUAAUGUGACCUCUAAACAGCAAGAAACUUCUGAGUUUUAAAAAUUGCUUAAAAAUAAAAAACGAACAUUUAGCGGAGAAGUAAUUUUUUCCCCGCCGUGAGGUUGAUUUUGAUAUCAAAGUGCGCUGAUAAGCUAAAUUCUUUAGCUGAUAUUCAAUCUAUUAUUAUGGUACCAUAAUUUUCAUGGUGAUUAAAUUCCACCGGACAAAGGAUACAUUAGACAGGAUUUAUCACCUCAUAAUAGUUCGCCGAAUGCGUACGUCGUGUAGUGCCCUAUCCAACAAGAACACCGGGUAUACAAAUGAUAACUAGCGCAAUUUUUCCCCCCUUACUACAGACUCGACACCUCUAUCAUGUAAAACACCCAGAAGAAUCCGAAAUGGAGAUUUUGAGCCACAUAAAGACGACUACCUGGUUGGUACCACUGUCAAGUAUUCCUGUGACGACAACUACCGGCUCAGAGGGAGUGCCAAAGUGACUUGUACCAAUGAAAAAAGCUGGUCACCCAAAAAACUUCCAAGAUGUAUAAAAAGUAAGGAGAUUUCGUUAUUGUUUACUGCCAUAUCAAACUUGACUGUGUAGCAUAGUUAGGAGUAAUGGUGGCCUAACGGAUAUCGGGCUGAGAGACCAUAUUGAAGGCCACAUUGGGGGCAUUGCCAGUAUGGGCAAAUCACUUUGCUGUCAUAUUUACUUCAUCAAAGAGUAAGACGCACUGUCUUUAACGUUAGCAUACUGUACUUCAGACAAGGGGUACGGGUUCGAAUCCUGAGCGAAACACUGUGUCUUGUCCUUAAGUAGUUGUAUCUCUUUUCACCCAAGAGUAUGAAGCUACCUGCAUAUUUUUUAUAUGGCGCCGCUGCCCGUAAAUUUGAGCAUAGUCUAACGUGAAAAAGGUCCAAAAUAAUCGAUCGAAAUACCUUGUAACAUGUUUUAGAUGGCCGCACGUCUGGAGUUACUAAAAAAAAUCUAGACAUUUUCAAUGUUUCCUACAUGGAGGAUUCGGCGCAGCUGUUAUCUUUUCUCCGCCUUCCUCACGAAACAAGUGAGGUAUUGCAAAUUCAUUCCUUUGUGACCAAAUGCCUUGGGCUUAAAAGAAAGUGGGAAGGAUUGCCUGGGAAUAAACCAGCAAUGACGAACCAGUAUGUUGGGUACAGUUGUUAACUAAAAAUGAUAUACUUAACCUUUUAUACUCUAACAUCAGUAUGCAUAUUCUCCGUACUGUUCUCUUUACAUUUCCUAAGGUGCUGACGAAGAGAAUUUAUUUAACAAUCAGGAGCUUCUUUAGUUGGUGGUAAUUUCUUUUAUUCUCACGGCCUUAAUGGGUGAUUUAGUGGUGAUAUUGUGAGGAGAAAGUAGAUGGUAGCCACUCUUAGAGGUUAAAGGGUUAAAUGACCGCCUUGCUCUCUUUUUUAGGAGCAAAGUGUAAGGAUCCAGGUACACCCAAACAUGGUCGCCGAGUCGGAAGUUUGUUUCUAGAGGGAACUCAAGUCCGGUUUUCCUGUGAUGACGGAUAUGAGCUCGUUGGUCUUCAGUCACUUCAAUGUGUUCCGUUCUGCAGAUCGUGCAAGACAGUAAGAUGGAACGGAACAACUCCAGCAUGCGAAAAAUUUGGUAAGUGUUUUUCUCGAAAGACUUAUAAAUACUCAUUGUUUAAAGAGUUGUUUGCGCAAUAGCGUAAGCUCAUUUUACUUACCGGAGAAUCGUACUUUGGAUGUUUGCGGGUAUCCGAUGCUUGUAAGAAGCUAAAGCUACAAGAAAAUCGCACGUUAUCAUUGAAGAAACAUGGUCCUCGUUUUCGCACUUUAAACUUAAAAGUAUAGCCAGAGGAAGGUUAACAAAGAAGUGUUUCGGGAACUCGUACAUUCAAUCACUGAUUCAUUUAUCCAUGAAGAUAUGAGAGAAAAUCAUAUAUUCGAUAAGUAUCAAAAAGAAUAGCAAACGUGUCCUUAACGACGGAUCUGUUGUUCGUAGAUCCCUUAAGAGGUUUGAAGAGGGUCGCAGACAGUCUCCGAGAACAUUUCAUCGACAAACUGAGCUGGACGACAACCGACAGUUUGGCACGCGCAGGUUUGUCCUCGGGAGCCGGAGGCCUCGACUUGGUGUUCGUGUUCGACAGCUCAGCAACUGUCGGUAGUGCGAACUUUAAAAAAGGAGUUGAAUUCGCCAAGACAAUCAUCGACGAGUUUGGGAUAUCGGCAUCUCCCAUGGGAACGAGAGUUGCUGUUGUUACAUUUAGCUCGACAGCUAAAGUAGUUUUUAAUCUGCAAACGAACGCAAUGGCUGACAAAGCAGAAGCUAUAAGGACUCUCGGUAGGUCAAACCGCUGGUAAUGAGAGACGUUAGGGCAACAUAAUUUCGUUAAUGAUAGACAUAUCCCUUUAUAUCCUUUACACUGUUCUGGUUAAUUCGUUUCUUUUUCCGGGUUUGUCUACUAUCAGGUCCUUUCUUUUAAAAUAAUUUUACAAUCAAACUGAACAUAUAGUUGAAAUGACAGAGUUAAAGAGAACCCGGUCGUUUCGCCACGAGGAGCUUUUACCACAUAUCAUCCCGCUACUAUGAUGUUAUCGCGCCAUUAACUAAACCAGGAAAUCGCUCCAAAGGUCACAACUGGCCCUUCUCACCUCCUUCCCGCUCACAGAACUCUUCGGUUCUGAGAACGGAAAGUACUGAUUCAGAUCGAUGUAGCCGAAUUAAGAGAAUAGGGUCAAACAGCAUUAUCCAAUUAUCCAUAGAAUGCGCGAAAGAUGAGAGGAGACUUUAAGCCUCGAUUACUUCCGGCGAUGGCGCAAACUCGUGUCUCGUUAAUUUGGAAACGAAAACAUACGCGACUGCGUAGUUAUGACGCACGCUGCUCACAUGCAAAAAUACCUUUUUGCUGAUCAUUUUCACGGGAAAGAACCUUUUCUCCCAAUUCGCCAUCUCUUGAUAAAUGAAAAGCAGCCUUGAUCUCCUAUCAUCUCUCUCCUUUCUUUCCUUCUCAGACAACUUAGACUUCAUUGCCGGUGGCACCGCUACACGCCUUGCAUUGAAUAAGACCAUUGAGGAAAUCGUUCCUGAGGCCCGAAAAGACAGCAAGAGGGCUUUGUUCCUCAUAACUGAUGGCAGGUCCAACAUCGGUGGUGAUCCCAGCGCAGAUGCUGCGAUACUGCGUGACUUCCAGAAGUUUGAAAUCUACGCUAUUGGUGUAACAGACAGCGUGAAUGAAAAGGAACUGCGCAGUAUUGCUUCUGAACCCUUCAGAACGCAUGUGUACCUUCUUAAGGACUUUGAUGAUUUAGCCAAGCUUAAACAGCUGAUCACGGCCAAAGGAAAUGGUGAGUACAUUUUCUUUGACUUUUAUUAUUAUAUCUCCCAUCGUAUACUUACUUUGUUAACUUAAAAGGGCGUUGGCAGGAUCUUCUGGUCCUAAAUCAGCUUCUAACCUUUCUUUCGGGGCACUUCAGGAUCUCUUAAAGCUAUACUCUUUGGCUAGGUUUGCUGUAUGCGUCUCUGAUGUAUUUUAUGCGAAUAAAAUCCGAGACAAAUUUGUCCGUCAGACACCUUUUAUCGUAUUUCCUUUCACACAUAACUCGGUAACACUUUCAACACACCAAUCACCAAUUUUUGUGUGAGCAGAUUACAGUGAAUGUGGCAUCGCAGGAGAUACUCAGCUGAGAAAUGACGAUGAUGAAAAUUUCGGCUUUGUCGGUGGAGAGGAGGCGAAGCCAGGAGCCUGGCCCUGGCAAGCAGCUAUCUACGUGAAGGGAAAUUUCCGGUGUGGUGGUGCACUUAUCAAAGGGAACUGGGUUAUAACUGUGGCGCACUGCUUUUUCUACGAUGGGGCUGUGAAACCGAAAGAUGUUAUCGUAAGGAUGGGUAAGUCAAUCAGAGAUAUUAGAUACAGGUAUUUUAAAAACAAGCGUGAUGUGGCUAUGAUUACAAAACGAUAAAAUUGUAAAAAAAAAAAAGAAAAAAAAAAGAUGUUAAGCUGAAGAUGUCACAUCACAUUAGUGUACCAUGCUUGCAUCUCUUUAAAAGUAUCUCUCCUUCUCUGUGAGGACCUCGGUGCCAGGCUGUAGGCUACACUAUGUUCACCAGACCAAAUAAGGCUGAAACUGGUAGAUAAUUGGUAGAAAAGCCUCACACUGACGAUUUUUAUUUUAUGCGUAUCUUUUGGCUUCAGUUUAUCGUAUUUUCCCGAAAACAUCAUUAAAAUGAGCCAUUCAGACUCAAAAAUUGCGAAGAAGAAGGAUAUUUCGCUCAAGUACAAAUAACCCAUCAACUCCCACAGGUGACAAAAACAGAAUUUCUCCUCACAAUAUCAAGCGAACAAGUGAUGAGAAUAGAAGAAGAUAUCGAUAGGAGGAUUCUUAGUUGAUCCAAUACAAAAUUCUCCAAACUAACGUCAUAAGAAUUCUGUAGCAGACAGUGAGGAGAAUUACUAAUGAGACCUUUGGGGCAAAAGGACAAUAAUAAGCCACGAUAUCCCCUGCGUUCAAAAACUGAUGUGCACUCUAACAAAUUGUAGCCUUUGUAAUUUUUCUGCGAUUGGCAAGCGCGUCCCAGACAAACAAAUGUCUUUUUCGGUAAUUGUUAUUGCGCAUGUUGUUUUGUUUGAAAAGUUGCCUUUAAACAAUAUCACUGGUAAAAAAACAAAACAAAAAGCUGAUUAUAAAUUCUAACAACUCUAUACCUUAAUUUGAAAGAAUUUCUAAGUGGCGAACUGCUGAUGUUUUUAUACGACGUAACAUUUCUUAACUUCCUAUUUCCUUGUGUAAACAAAUCGAAGACGAUCUUGCCAGAAUUAAUAACGACUUUCGAUUUUAACCUGUUAGGAGAACACAAUCGUUUCAAAGAAGAAGGUGCUGAGCAGAAUAUCGGAGCAAAGAAGGUUAUCCUGCAUCCAAAUGCGACCCGGGGGAACUUAAAUAUAGGAAAUGACUUGGCUUUGAUUCGCCUAAAGCACGCCGUGAAAUUCUCACCGUUGGUGAGAACUGUAUGUCUCCCAGAGCCCACGGAUGUGUUCUACGUCAGACCACGAAAAACGUGUGUAGUAGCCGGUUGGGGAUCUUCUCAAAAGGUUAGUACGCGUUUUCCGUCUCUAAAUGCUCUCCUCAUGUGCGUUCUCAUGUUCUUCUCUCUCCUCAUUGCGGCUGGAGAAUUUCAGCCCCAACUAAUGUCGGAUUUUCGGUAUCUUACGUCAGCACAAACUGAUCUAAAAUUGCUCAAGAAAUUUGAGACGUAGAGAUAUCCCCGCAAAGAGGCGAAUUAUCCCUCGUUUCCGUUCAAAAGAAACUUUUCUGUUUGACGUUCAGUCGUAACAGGACUUCUCCUGUUAUAGGCACUUUAAAAUAUCAUUACAAAGGCGAAAAUUGUGCGCGAGAGUGUAGAAAAGGUAAAUCACGAUGCAAUUACUCAUGAAAUUCUCAUUAUGGAGAGGCUCUGUGCAAACAGAAUGUCUUACUCAAGAGCCCAUCACUAUGAACGUAGCAAUGGCUUUGACCAUUCUCCCAAGAAAAAAAAAUCAAAACUUGUUGUACCUAAUCACUGAUGCAUGCUCUUCUUGCAGGUUUCGUCGGAUGAUUUAGCGGGCCCUCCGAAUGAAGUCCUGCAACAAAUUCAAAUGAAGUUCGUAUCCCAGCGCGAUUGCCGCGAAAAUGCCACCAAUGCCGCAGCAAUAACAGAAAACGUUGUUUGUGCUGGUGACGCCACAGGAAAGAAAGAUGCCUGUAAAGGGGACAGCGGUUCACCCCUUGUGGUAAGCGAAAGAGGACCUUGGAGGAUAUCAUAGAUGCGUCACUUGCAAAUCUUAAGAAGUAUACCGAAAUAGCACCUUGCAUCUUCUUAAAGACCUUCUCAUUGACAACUAAAUGCUACAUGGCGAGUUUUUGUUCUUCGCUUUAGGCGUAUGACCGUUUCCUAGUCGUUGGGACUGACUAAGAGCCACUUUAGCCCAAGUCGCUAUUACUCAUAUAACGUAUUACUUAUAAUAUCAGUUUGGAAGGAAACGAGGAAACGAGGAAACAAAAACUAAAAACAAAGACAACAAGAUAGUCUGAACAAUAACACAAGCGUGCGAGCGGGCUAAAAGCCAAAAUCUCCAUUUUACCCCGCAAAAUGCGUUUCAAUACCCGACGAAGGGAGAACAAUACUUCAUUAGAAGUAAAUAUUUCUUUUUUCACUGAUUUCCUUUUUAUCUUUAGUGAUUUUCGUAGUCGCUUCAUACAAACUUUUUUCUUUCACAGAUCAGACGUUCCAUCGAUGACAGCUGGGCGGUGAUUGGUCUAUCGAGCUGGGAAGAUGGGUGUGCCAGUAAAGGAAAAUACGGUGUGUACACGCGACUGAAAAGUCAUUUGCGCUGGAUAAAGCGGAAGACGAACAGAAAAAAUAGUAAGAACAACAAAGAUUAG